AUGCCCAUAUUAUCAUGGGAACAGCUCAACAAGCUGCUUACUGAAGCCAUGGCUAGUUACAACGAUCUCAUUGCUGCUAUGAACUUGGUGCUCUUCGAGGAUGCCAUGAUGCAUAUCUGCAGGAUUUCUCGGAUCCUCGAAAGUCCAAGAGGCAGUGCCUUACUGGUUGGCGUGGGAGGUUCCGGUAAACAAUCUUUGUCCCGACUUGCAGCUUUCAUAUCUAGUUUGGAAGUCUUACAAAUUCAACUGAAAAAGGGAUAUGGAGUUUCUGAUUUGAAGAAUGAAUUAUCACAAUUGUACAUUAAAACUGGUCUUAAGAACGUCGGUAUAAUGUUCUUGAUGACGGACGCUCAAGUUGCAAAUGAACAAUUCUUGGUCUUGAUCAACGAUCUGCUAGCAUCCGGUGAAGUUGCAGAUCUAUUCCCUGACGAUGAAAUGGAAAACAUUAUUGCUGGUGUGAGGAAUGAAGUAAAAGGUGCAGGCUUACCAGAUACAAGGGAGACUUGCUGGAAAUUCUUCAUAGACAGAGUUCGCAAACAGCUGAAAGUGGUCCUUUGUUUCUCUCCUGUGGGCUCUACGCUGAGAGUGCGAUCUAGAAAGUUCCCAGCUCUGAUCAAUUGUACGUCUAUCAAUUGGUUCCACGAGUGGCCUCAGGAAGCUUUGGUGUCUGUCGCCAUGAGGUUCUUGGAAGAACUGGAUAAUCUGCCGGUAACGCUUAGAGACUCAAUAUCAAGAUUCAUGGCGUACGUUCAUACCUCGGUGAACACGAUGUCUAAAGCGUACUUAGCUAAUGAGAGGAGGUACAACUACACGACACCCAAGAGUUACCUCGAACAAAUCAGUUUGUAUGCUAAGUUGGUCAAUAAUAAGACUGAUGAACUGCGGGCAAAGAUUGUGAGGUUGGAAAAUGGUCUCGAAAAGCUUCGCUGUACAUCCUGCCAAGUAGACGCACUUAAGGAAAAGUUAGCAGUACAAGAAGUGGAGUUACAUCAAAAGAAUGAAGCAGCUGAUAAACUUAUUGAGAUGGUCGGCGUUGAAACUGCUAAAGUACAGAGCGAAAAGGCACUUGCCGAUGAGGAGGAAGAAAAGGUAGCAGUGAUAGCUGAAGAAGUAUCUAAGAAGCAGAAGGAUUGCGAAGAAGACUUAAUUAAAGCAGAACCAGCGCUAGUCGCGGCUCAGGAAGCUUUGAACACCUUGAACAAAGCUAACCUUACUGAGUUGAAGUCUUUCGGUUCACCACCGGGCGCUGUUACUAACGUCACUGCAGCUGUUAUGGUGCUGCUUGCACCUGGAGGCAAGAUACCUAAAGAUCGGAGUUGGAAAGCUGCUAAGGUUGUCAUGGCAAAAGUGGACGUGUUCCUAGAGUGUCUCAUAAAUUAUGACAAAGAAAACAUCCAUCCUGAUGUCAUAAAAGCUAUCCAACCCUACUUGAAGGAUUCCGAAUUUGAACCAGAGUUUGUAAGAUCAAAAUCGGCUGCAGCUGCUGGUCUUUGCGCUUGGGUUAUAAACAUCAUAAAGUUUUAUGAAGUGUUCUGUGAUGUCGAGCCCAAAAGAAAAGCUCUUGCAGCCGCUAACGCAGAGUUGGCUGCUGCUACUGAAAAAUUGAGGUCUAUUAAAGCCAAAGUUGCUUCCCUUGAAGAGAAAUUAGCAACACUGACGGCAGAUUUUGAGAAAGCAACUUCAGAAAAAAUGAAAUGUCAGAAAGAAGCAGAUGCAACGAAUGCAACUAUUCAACUUGCUAACAGAUUGGUGAACGGUCUCGCUAGUGAAAAUGUUAGAUGGGCUGAAGCUGUUUCUAGUUUAAUGCAGCAAGGCACAACUCUACCAGGAGACGUGUUAUUAGUCUGCGCCUUUAUCUCAUACGUGGGUUGUUUCACUAAACAGUUCAGACUGGACUUGAUGCACAAGAACUGGCUGGUGUUCUUGAAGACUUUAGAGCCACCCAUCCCAAUAACAGAAGGUCUGGAUCCCCUGACUAUGCUAACAGACGACACAACAAUAGCGAUGUGGCAGAACGAAGGCUUGCCUUCAGAUCGCAUGAGUACUGAGAAUGCAACGAUCCUGUCUAACUCAGAUCGGUGGCCACUUAUGAUAGAUCCUCAACUACAAGGUGUAAAAUGGAUAAAACAGAAAUACGGUGAUAAACUAAGAGUAAUUAGAUUAGGGUCAAGAGGUUAUUUAGAUACGAUUGAAAAGGCUAUAAUAAAAGGGGAGACUGUUCUGUUUGAAAAUAUUGGUGAAACUGUGGAUCCGGUGCUUGAUCCAUUGUUAGGAAGAACAUUGAUCAAGAAAGGAAGAGCAAUUAAGAUAGGAGACAAAGAAGUUGAAUACAGUCCAAACUUUAGACUAAUUCUGCAUACAAAAUUAGCUAAUCCUCAUUACAAACCCGAGAUGCAAGCACAAACGACCUUAGUAAACUUCACAGUAACACGCGAUGGCUUAGAAGACCAAUUACUAGCAGAAGUAGUGAAAGCAGAAAGACCAGAUUUAGAGGAUUUAAAAGCAGAGCUAACUAAACAGCAGAAUCAGUUUAAGAUCCAGUUGAAGUCGCUAGAAGAUGAUUUAUUGUCAAGAUUGUCAUCAGCUGGUGAUGAUAUUCUUGGUGAUACGGCCUUAGUAGAGAAUUUAGAGACUACUAAGAAGACUGCUGCUGAUAUUGAGAAAAAGGCGUUUAGUGUAGUGUUCCAGAAAGCGAUAUCUCGAGCAGAGCCUGCAGAUGAACUUAGCGCUAGGAUCAAGAACCUUAUUGAUUGCAUCAGUUUUUCUGUGUACCAGUAUACCUCUCGUGGUUUAUUUGAAUGCGACAAACUUAUUUUUGCAUCACAGAUGACAUUCCAGGUGCUACUCAUGAGUGAAGAAGUAUCAUCAGUGGAACUAGACUUCUUCCUCCGUUUCCCUAUAAAACCACACGUGACUAGUCCAGUAGAUUUCUUAUCAAAUCACAGCUGGGGAGGUAUUUGUUCUCUAGCCGGGAAAGAAGAGUUUAGGAACUUGGACAGAGAUAUUGAGACAUCGCCUAAACGGUGGAAGAAGAUUGUUGAAGUUGAAUGUCCUGAACGGGAGAAGUUUCCUCAGGAAUGGAAAAACAAACCUGCUCUCCAGCGUCUUUGUAUGUUGAGAGCACUAAGACCAGAUAGAAUGACGUAUGCGGUAGCAGCAUAUAUUGAAGAAAAAAUGGGCGCCAAAUACGUGGAAAAUAGGACAGUGGAAUUCAGUAAGUCUUUUGAAGAGACCAGUCCAACUACACCGAUAUUCUUCAUUCUGUCUCCUGGUGUCAAUCCGUUGAAAGAUGUGGAAGCUUUGGGAAAGAUCAUGGGAUUUACAGCCGACAAUGGGAACUUCCAUAACGUGUCCCUGGGUCAGGGGCAAGAGAUUGUGGCUGAACAGGCGAUGGACAUAGGCUUGCAGAAGGGACACUGGGUUGUCUUACAGAAUAUACAUUUAGUAAAGAAAUGGCUUCCAAGUCUGGAAAAGAAGAUGGAGAGCUUCGCAAAUGGUUGUCAUGAGGAUUUCCGUCUAUUCAUGUCAGCUGAACCAGCAGCCACGCCUGCAGCCCAUAUCAUACCGCAGGGAAUUCUGGAGUCUAGCAUUAAAAUUACCAAUGAACCGCCUACUGGCAUGCAGGCUAACAUCCAUAAAGCUCUGGAUAAUUUCAACCAAGAAACCUUAGAGAUGUGUGGUAAGGAAGCUGAGUUUAAGGCGAUACUGUUCGCUCUUUGUUACUUCCAUGCUGUGGUUGCUGAGAGAAGGAAGUUUGGACCACAGGGCUGGAACAAGAUUUAUCCCUUUAACGUUGGUGAUUUGACAAUAAGCGUAUUUGUCUUGUACAAUUAUUUGGAGGCGAAUGCGAGGGUACCAUGGGAAGAUUUAAGGUACUUAUUCGGUGAGAUUAUGUACGGAGGACAUAUAACUGAUGAUUGGGACAGAAGACUCUGCAAUGCUUACUUGGAGGAAUUGAUGCAGCCUGAUCUAGUCGAUGGUGAGCUGCAACUAGCUCCAGGUUUUCCAGCGCCCCCCAACACAGACUACGUGGGCUACCAUCAGUAUAUAGAAGACGCCAUGCCUGCAGAAUCACCUUAUCUUUAUGGCUUACACCCUAACGCUGAGAUCGGUUUCCUCACCACCACUUCAGAAAACCUCUUUAGGACUAUAUUUGAGAUGCAACCGAGAGAUGCUCAGGCUUCUGGCGCUGCUACCGUAACCAGAGAGGAGAAGGUAAAACAAAUGUUAGAUGAAAUAAUUGAAAAGUUACCAGAGGAGUUUAAUAUGACAGAAAUAAUGGGGAAGGUUGAAGAGAGGACACCUUACGUAAUAGUAGCUUUCCAAGAGUGUGAGCGAAUGAAUUAUCUUACUGGUGAGAUGAAGAGGUCUCUGAGAGAAUUGGAUUUGGGGCUAAAGGGUGAAUUAACAAUUACAUCGGAUAUGGAAGAUUUAGAAAAUGCCUUGUUCUUAGACCAGGUGCCAGCGAUUUGGUCCAGCCGCGCGUAUCCAUCGUUGUUAGGUCUCUCGGCCUGGUUCGUAGAUCUAACACUAAGAUUACGAGAACUGGAAACAUGGGCUACAGAUUUUGUGCUACCAGCGUCAGUAUGGCUGGGUGGUUUCUUCAACCCUCAAAGCUUAUUGACAGCUAUCAUGCAGAGCACAGCGCGCAAAUACGAACUUCCUCUUGACAAGAUGUGCUUACAAUGUGACGUUACCAAGAAGAUGAAAGAAGAAUUCACGAUCGCUGACACCAGGUCAGCACCUCGUGAUGGUGCCUUUGUUCAUGGUCUCCUGAUGGAAGGAGCUCGCUGGGACCAGCAGGCCGGCAUAAUUAUGGACUCCAAACUAAAAGACCUGUUCCCUCCGAUGCCUGUUAUUAAUGUUCGGGCACGUCUAAGGGUGGUCUGUGGAUCGCGAUCAAGGGUAGCUUGUCGCCCGAUCAGAAUAGGAAUCCAGCGUGCGGCUCCUCGUGCUCAAAAACCAAUUUUAGCACCAGAGAUGGGGCCCAUUCGAUCAAUCAAUAAGAUCGUGGAGCUUUGGUUAACCCAUCAAAAGGCAGAGGAGCAGGACAGAGCUCCCGCGUUACCUUUGAUUAUGAACAAUCGUUGUCAUCCUCGUAGACCCGAAACACCAAAGAAAGUUACUUCAAGUGCGUUGCCGUUUUACGGGUGGGGGACUUCAGGAUAA